AGUUGUCCAUUUUUGAACCAAAUAUGAAGUGGAAUUAAAGAUCUGCAAAAGUGUGUGUGGGGGAGAGAGAGGUAAUAUAUAGAUUUCAAGUAUUGUCGACUCCAUCCACAGUUGCUGACAUCUCGCCGCCGUUCUACGCCGACCGUGCAAUCUUGAGUCAAAGAAGAAAACAUGUUGGGGAUUGUAAGGCAAAAAGUUGGUGCGAGAGGCUUUCCUGUUCAGAUUUUAGAACAGUCAUUGCAGAGAAUAAGGGCUCCAAUAUCGAUAUUGAGGACUUACUCAUCUGCCGCCAAGGAGAUGACAGUGAGAGAUGCUUUAAACUCUGCCCUUGAUGAGGAAAUGUCUGCUGAUCCUAAGGUCUUUCUAAUGGGUGAAGAGGUUGGGGAGUACCAAGGUGCAUAUAAGAUUACGAAAGGGCUUUUGGAGAAGUAUGGUCCAGAGAGGGUUCUUGAUACCCCAAUCACAGAGGCUGGCUUUACUGGGAUUGGAGUUGGUGCUGCUUAUUAUGGUCUUAAACCUGUUGUGGAGUUUAUGACGUUUAAUUUCUCUAUGCAGGCAAUUGAUCACAUCAUUAACUCUGCAGCAAAAUCAAAUUACAUGUCUGCUGGCCAGAUAAAUGUGCCUAUUGUGUUUAGAGGACCAAAUGGUGCUGCCGCUGGUGUUGGUGCCCAACACUCCCAGUGUUAUGCGGCAUGGUAUGGCUCCUGCCCUGGGUUGAAAGUGCUGGCCCCAUACUCAUCAGAAGAUGCUCGUGGACUACUAAAAGCUGCCAUCAGAGACCCCGAUCCUGUUGUUUUCCUUGAAAAUGAGUUGCUAUAUGGUGAUUCCUUCCCUGUUUCAGCAGAAGCUCUUGAUUCUAGCUUUUGUCUCCCCAUAGGAAAAGCUAAGAUUGAAAGAGAAGGCAAGGAUGUUACUAUUACAGCUUUUUCAAAAAUGGUGGGAUACGCUCUAAAGGCGGCUGAGAUACUUGCAAAGGAAGGGAUCAGCGCAGAGGUUAUAAAUUUGCGUUCAAUUAGGCCUCUGGAUAGACCCACAAUCAAUGCUUCAGUCAGAAAAACUAACAGACUAGUAACAGUUGAAGAAGGGUUCCCUCAACAUGGUGUUGGAGCUGAAAUCUGUGCAUCGGUUGUCGAGGAGAGCUUUGGUUAUCUUGAUGCUGCGGUGGAGAGGAUUGCUGGUGCUGAUGUUCCCAUGCCAUAUGCUGCUAACCUUGAGAGAAUUGCCGUCCCCCAGAUUGAAGAUAUUGUCCGUGCAGCAAAGAGAGCAUGUUACAGAGCUGUACCAAUGGCUGCCACUGCUUAGCCUUGUGUAGGCUCUUCAACCUUCUUUGUGAAUUCAGGAUUUCUAUUUUGAGCAGAUUUUGGUUUUGAAAUUAUUACACAUGUAAAUGGCGAGUCCUGGCUUUCCAGGUUGGUGCUGAUUUGUGUGAAAGGUUGGUUGUUUCUGGAAAUAAGUGUACAUUUACCGUCGCUGUUUUGUGGAAAUUGCAGAGAGAAGCAUUUUGUUGCUAUGUUUUGUCCCCCGCUGACGUGGCAAUAAUUUUUUUUUACAAACUUUGUCUCAGAUAUUUUAACUACUCGAGCCUUUAAUCAAAUAUUGUUGAUGAUAGUUAUUUGUU